AUGGUUGAUACUGAAAAUAAUGGCGAUGAUAUUGAUGAUUCACAAAACGAAAAUUUGGAUAAAAUAGAUGACAUGCUACAUGAUAUCGAAGAUAAUAUUCCCGAUAAAGAUUAUGAAAAAUUUCAACAAAUGUUUGACGACGCUGAAAAACCAUUGUAUGUUGGUUGCACUAAAUUUACCGAAAUUUCCGCCGUGCUAAAAUUGUUUAAUUUAAAAGAAAGCAAUGGUUGGAGUGAUAAAAUUUUCACGGACUUGCUAGAGCUUCUACAUGACAUACUCCCCGAAAAUAAUGAGUUGCCUAUUUCAUUAUACCAAGCAAAAAAACUAUUGUGUCCGAUGGAUUUAGAAGUCGAAAGAAUACAUGCAUGUCUAAAUGAUUGUAUGUUAUAUAGAAAAGAGCAUGCUAAUCUACAUGAAUGUAUCACAUGUGGAGCAUCAAGAUAUAUGAAAAAGAAACAAACAAAAGUAAACAGUGAUGUGAAAAAGAACGCCCCCCCUGCAAAAGUGUUAUGGUAUUUGCCUGUCAUACCAAGAUUGAAACGAUUAUUUGCAAACGCCGAAGAUGCAAAAUUGUUACGUUGGCAUGCCGAUAAACGUACGGUGGACGGAAAAUUAAGACAUGUGGCUGAUUCUCCUCAAUGGGAGAAUCUUGAUUCUGAAUUUAAAGAAUUUGGUGGUGAGAUUAGAAAUAUUCGGUUUGGACUUAGUUCAGAUGGAAUCAAUCCAUUCGGAAACAUGAGUAGCAGUCAUAGCACAUGGCCAGUACUUCUAUGCAUUUAUAAUCUUCCACCAUGGUUAUGUAUGAAGAGAAAAUACAUCAUGAUGUCGUUACUAAUUCAAGGUCCAAAACAACCUGGUAAUGACAUUGAUAUGUUUUUGGCUCCAUUAAUUGAUAAAAUGAAAUUAUUAUGGAAUUCUGGUGUUAGGGUGUAUGAUGCGUUCAAGAAGGAGUAUUUCCAACUACAUGCCAUGAUAUUUUGCACUAUAAGUGAUUUUCCAGCUUACGCAAAUUUGUCUGGAUAUAGUACAAAAGGAAAGAAAGCAUGUCCAGUUUGUGAAAAAGACACAGUAUUUUUAUGGUUAGGAGAAUGUAAGAAACAUGUAUACAUGGGCCAUCGACGAUUUCUUCCAAAGACCCAUGUUUAUCGUAAGAAGGGAGACUUGUUUGAUGGUAAAACUGAAAAUCGAGAUAUGCCUGAACCAAUGGACGGAAAAACUACAUUUUCCCGAGUUCAGAAUUUAGAUAUUCAGUUUGGAAAAUGCAAUAACAAUAAGCAGCCAACUAAUUGA